UGACCCAGCGGCUGCAGCCGUGCGUCCGGCUCGAGCGUCAGCGCCUGCGACCCCCGUCCGGUUCCCCCUCUUCUUCCUCGGUCCGCCCGGUCCUCGUCCGCGUGCCCCGCCGCCGCGCAGAGGAGAAUGAGGCGGUAGCGGGUCGCCGGAUGACCCCGCGUCACCACGGUGAGGCCUACAGCUCUGCGGGGGAGGAGGAGGAGAAGAAUGUUUCUCCAUCCCAGAGAGAUGAAGUAAUUCAGUGGUUGGCCAAGCUCAAGUACCAGUUCAACCUUUACCCAGAAAUAUUUGCUUUGGCUAGCAGUCUUUUGGACAGGUUUUUAGCUACUGUAAAGGCCCACCCAAAAUACUUGAGUUGUAUUGCAAUCAGCUAUUUUUUCUUAGCUGCCAAGACUGUUGAGGAAGAUGAGAGAAUUCCACUACUGAAGGUAUUAGCAAGAGACAGUUUCUGUGGAUGUUCCUCAUCUGAAAUUCUGAGAAUGGAGAGAAUUAUUCUGGAUAAGUUGAAUUGGGAUCUUCACACAGCAACACCAUUGGAUUUUCUUCACAUUUUUCACGCCAUUGCAGCGUCAACUAGGCCUCAGUUCCUUUUCAGUUUGCCCAAACUGAGCCCAUCUCAACAUUUGGCAGUCCUCACCAAACAGCUGCUUCACUAUAUGGCCUGCAGCCAACUUCUGCAAUUCAAAGGAUCCAUGCUUGCUCUGGCCAUGGUUAGUUUGGAAAUGGAGAAACUUAUUCCAGAUUGGCUUCCGCUUACAAUUGAAUUGCUGCAGAAAGCACAGAUGGAUAGCUCCCAGUUGAUCCAUUUUCGGGAGCUGGUGGCACAUCACCUUUCCACUCUACAGUCUUCCUUGCCUCUAAAUUCUGUUUUUGUCUACCGUCCCCUCAAGCACACCUUGGUGACCUGUGACAAAGGAGUGUUUAGAUUACAUUCCUCCUCUGUCCCAGGCCCCAAUAUCUCCAAGGACAACAGCAAGCCAGAAGUGCCAGUCAGAGGUACAGCAGCCUUCUACCAUCAUCUCCCAGCUGCCAGUGGGUGCAAGCAUACCUCUGCUAAACACAAAGUGGAGGAGAUGGAAGUGGAUGACUUCUAUGAUGGAAUCAAACGGCUCUAUAAUGAAGACAGUGCUUCAGAAAAUGUGGGUUCUGUGUGUAGCACUGAUUUAUCAAGACAAGAGGGACAUGCUUCCCCUUGUCCACCUUUGCAGCCUGUUUCUGUCGUGUAGUUUCAACAGUACGACAGAAGUGUUACUUACAUCCCACUUUUAAAGACCUUACACAAAGGUAGACUACCCUGGGGAUGAGAACAAGGAAAACCAGGAAAGGUCAUAGAAGGACAUAUACCUUACCAGGCUGAUUGGAAGUGAACUGGGAAAAAAAACCAAAAAACCCCUUAUUUACUUGUCCAGAUAAUUAUAAUCCAACAUCAUUUAAGCACUUAAAGACCAAAAAAAAUUAUAUUAAAAAAUCCAAAAGAUGCAACAUUUUCUAAAAAAAUAAAGUUUAUUUCAGCUGCACUUUUUUCUGCUGAAAUGUAAUGUAGCAUGCCCCAUGUUAAAAAUUCACAUUUAAUGAUUUUUUAAAGUUCCAAAAUUCAUAGCUAGCAAACUUGCCCUCCGUGUCCUGAUUUAAUUUUCCUCGUUUUUGCUUGCUUAUUCAUUGAGUACUUAAUGAAUUUUAUGCAUGUUGAUCUAUAUUGACUUCCACUGACCCCCAAAAUUAUUUUUUAGCAAUUUAACGAACAGAUUAGGGCAAUGUGACAGCCAGGUGUAAUCCAUGAUUCAAAUUCCAGUGAAUCUGAAAAGAAUACUUUGGAAUUAUCCAGUAUGAAUCAGAGGUGGUAAUAGAAAAAGGUCUCAUAUUACCACGUUGAUUUUUGUGUUUGUCUCAUUUCAAUUUCCACAGUUUAUAAACAAUUACUGUUUUUAUUUUUGUCUGUCUUAAAAUGAAGUCUUUAAAAGUGGGAUGUAAUUAGGGUGUUCUUAGAUUUUUUGAAUGCAUUUUUGACAUCGUAUAAAAGAAUUUGUGAUAAAGUUAAUAUCCAGGUGCUCACCAAAGAAACGUAUGUAACCACUAAAAUUAGAUUUUUGUAACUGCUCAGUUUUCACUCAUUUAUAAUCAGUGAGAGAGACUGUCUAGAUGUUGGGGCAGCUCCAUGAUUUGAGUCUAUAACAUGUAAAAACUGAAUUUAGUACCCUAGUUUUAUGUUAAACUGCUAGGAUUUUCUCGAUAAAAGUUAUUUCCCUUACCUCCUUACCUUUAUUUCUCUUAAUUGACUUCUGAAUCCUGAGCUCCCUUUGCAGUCUGAAUAAGGUAUUACAGUCAGAUCAUGUACUGAUGAUAAAAGCCUCUGGUAGCAAUAAAAAGUUGUCCUU